AUGGAGCUUUUAAUUGGCAAGAAAUCUAACGAUGAAGAGCUUAAAUGUUUUCUAACAUUGUCACUUACUAAUACGCACUUUACUGUGGGGAAUACAAACAAAUUAUAUGCAAGGUACGGCCCACAACUGGCAAUCAAGUCGGCCACUGAGCUGCUCUUCUCGGCCAAUGCCAUUUGUCGUUACGUGGCUGCAACCGCCGAUCAGCUGCAUAGUGAUGAUCUAGCAGUGGAUGAAUGGAUGGAAUGGGAGGCGAAUACGCUUUCACCGUGGCUUCGCGCGGCCAAAGCAGGUAGCAACAAGUCUAGUGAGCUAGCUGGUGAACUGGCAGCAAUAUUGGAAGCCAAGGAGGAGGCUCGAUCCAAGACAAAUAGUAAUCUAGCGUAUCUUUAUGGUCCCGAGCUUUCUCUCGCUGACGUUGUAGCUGGUGUCACGCUGCGUGCCGCAUUCAAGGUCGUUAAGGAACAAAAGGACGAGACUGCCGUGCUCCAAACAUUCCGCAAGUACGUGUCUCAACUUUUUACCCGCGAGGACAUUGUCAAGGGUGUGGACAGCAUGAAGAGUGCUGGGCGAAAAGGCAACGAUGGUGCUCCUACCGUGGCCGCUAACACUCGGACUUUGGCCGUCAAAGAUGUCGUGCGCUCUACGUUCAAGCUGGACAAGGAAGUGGAGCAGGGUCUGACCUAUCACAACAUCUUAGAAGUGGUCGAGUCCAUAUUUGACGCAGCCAUUAAAGCCGCGUAUCCUGGUCUGGCCAUUCCGCCUGUGGAGGUCACGCGCACCAACACCAAGAACACCAAAUUUGGCGAUUACCAGUGCAACUCGGCCAUGUCCAUAUUUACGGUACUGAAGGAUACGCCAAACGCUGCGCGCUCGCCGCGAGAUGUCGCCAACACCAUUAUUGCUGCCAUGCCUGAGACGCGUGUGCUGGAUCGUUUGACUGUUGCUGGCGCGGGUUUUAUAAACGCCUUUCUGACCAAGGAGUUUGUAGCUAUGCGACUGCAAAACGUGCUGAUAAAUGGUGUGCAGCCGGCUCCGCAAAAGCAGCAGACAAUUGUCGUCGACUUCUCGUCUCCUAACAUUGCCAAAGAUAUGCACGUGGGUCACCUACGCUCUACGAUCCUUGGCGACACCAUGUGCCGCAUUCUUGAGUUCCAAGGCCACAACGUGAAACGCAUCAACCAUGUCGGUGAUUGGGGUACCCAAUUUGGCAUGCUGAUUUGCCAUCUCACAGAGACGUACCUGAACUGGGAGUCUGAGAUGCCCAAUGUGACGGACCUGACAAAGCUAUACAAGGCUGCGAAGGAGCGCUUUGACGCUGACGCGGCAUUCCAUGAGCGAUCAAAGGCGCAGGUUGUGCAGCUGCAGUCCGGUGACGAAAAAUCUCGCAAAGUCUGGACUACCCUGUGCGAUAUCAGUCGUCGUGAGUUUCAGAAGGUAUACGAUCGCCUGUGUGUAUCGCUUAACGAGAUGGGCGAGUCAUUUUACAAUCCAAUUAUUCCGGGUGUAUUGGACCAGCUGCGAGCCGAGGGCCUGAUGGAGGAGAGCAAUGGUGCUGAGGUAGUUUUCACCAAGGUAUACAAGCAGCCAUUCCUGCUGGUGAAGAGCGACGGCUCAUAUUUGUACGCUACGACAGACAUUGCUGCUCUUUGGUACCGUCUACACGAGAUGAAGGCUGACCGUGUUAUUUACUACACGGACUACACACAAAAGGACCACUUUAACCUGCUCUUUGAAGUGGGUAUCAUGUCAGGUAUCUAUGAUCCGACCAAGCAGCGUGCGGACCACGUUGGAUUUGGUACAGUGAAUGACGAGUCAGGCAAGCGCUUUAAGACGCGCUCGGGUGAGGUCGUGCGCUUGGUGGAGCUGCUAGAUGAGGCCAAGGUCCGUAUGAAGGCGCAACUUGUCGAGCGCAUUGAGGCCGGGCAGACGUCGCUGCCGAUGGAUCAGGUGGACGCUGCUGCCGAGAAGCUGGGGUACGGUGCUGUCAAAUACUUUGAUCUGCGUCAGAGCCCCACGUCCAACUACAUUUUCAGUUUCGAUCGCAUGCUGUCGACGAACGGUGACACGGCUGUAUACCUCAUGUUUGCAUACGCUCGUCUAUCCUCAAUUAUUCGGAAGUCCGGUGUUGACAUGGCUGCACUAGUGGCGCAGCAGCAAAAGGAUGGCAAUGUGUUGAAGCCAGAGCACUCAACGGAACAGGCUUUGGCCAUCGAGCUGCUCCAGCUACAAGAUGUGAUUGGAUUUAUCAACAAGGAUCUGAACUCUAACCGGCUGUGCAGUUACCUAUACACAAUCUCGGAGAAGGUGCAAACGUUCGUCACAGCGUGCCGUGUGCUAGGUAGCAACGAGCAAAGCAGCCGCCUGUUGCUUUGCGACGCAACACUGAAGGUCAUGAAGACGUGUUUUUCAUUACUAGGCAUUGACCCGCUGGACCAAAUUUAA